GCGAACUAAACUAAAAUAUUCCAAACGUAGUGUAGGGUCUAUGACUAAUGAUUGUCUGUUUACAAUUGUUGUGCAGAGACCACAAAACCGAAAAAAACCUCAUCCUUGAACAUGGGCUUCAUGAUGUUUUCUUUGACUUAGCUUCUCGAUAACGUUCUUUCACACGUACAGAAGAAGGUUUAUUUAUCUUUAUUCCGCACAAUAAUUAAUUUGUUUGACGUAAAUGCUGAGUCCAUCACUAUUCAUCAAGUCUUUUUCUUUAGGCCUCACCAUGUUGUGUCUUUCUUGUUCAAGAUUCUGAUUUACUAAACGAAAUCAAGAAACGACUAUUUCGAAGUCGCACCCACGUUCCCCAUUUGCCCACAUUUCAUUUGUUUAGUACAGCUUCACCAUUUCUCAUGUUCUAAGGUUCCUACCUGUAAUUGAGCAAGACCCAGAAGUCUAAGAGAGAGCAGUGGGUUAAGAGGGUUUAUAGCAGUAGUUUUGGCUUCAAAGGUUGAAUCUUGGCCAAUAGUGCGACUUCAUUUUGAGGCUUUCAUAUAGUGGAGAUAUAGUGUUUGAGGAAAAGGGUUUUGCAUUCUUGGAUCAUCAACUGGGAUUUAGGCUAUUUGUGUGCAAAUGAGGGGUUUUGAGAAAUUCCAAUGUGGAAUUUAGAGGUUUACUGUACAAUUCCUGAUUAAAGUUGAGACCUUUAUUGAAAAUGGCCUCUCCAGAUUCUUCCCCUUCUGUUGUUCCACUCCCAGUUUUCCCUGCAGCUUCACCUUCAAAUUCUAGUUCUAGUACAUCCCCUCCUCCACCUCCAGACUCUUCAGCUCCACCUCCUCAAUUCUCUUCUCCACCAGCUCCGCUUUCUCCUCCUCCAUCAGAGUCAAAAUCACCACCACCUGUAGAAUCUCCUCCACCUCCUUCGCCACCACCUCCGACAGCAGCAGCACCACCACCGUCAGUAUCACCGCCGCCACCGCCCUCACCACCACCACCUUCUCCUAAGGCUCCUCCGCCUGCCAGUGCCCCACCUCCAGUUUCAUCUCCACCCCCUCCAUCACGAGAAUCUCCUCCUCCAGCCCCUCCUCCUUCCCCACCUUCUCCCCCUCCAGCAGUUUCACCUUCCCCUCCACCACCAGUGAAAAAUCCAUCACCACCCCCUGAUUCUCCACCACCACCACCACCACCUGUUGUAAAUCCGCCACAAAACUCCCCUCCACCUGCUGUAUCAACACCCCCUCCAGCUUCACUGCCCUCUGCUCCUCCACCUGUCCCCUUAACAUCUCCACCCCCUUCUAUUUCUCCUCCUGCUCCUCCUAAUAAUGCAUCUCUAGCUGGAGCUCCCCCUCCAUUACCUGUGCCUCGCCUUCCUACAGAGAAGCCCACAGCUAAAUCAACUACCCCUAACCCUGCUAUCACUGCAGAUUCAAGCCCCAGAAAUGGUGGGGGAAAUAGGACUGGAGGUGUAGUGGCAAUUGGUGUUGUUGCUGGGUUUUUGGCCCUUAGCCUGGUGAUUCUUGCUGUCUGGUUUACACGGAAGCGAAAGAAAAGAGAGAGUGCAUUUAAUCUCAAUUACUUGGGACCCUCUCCAUUUGCCGCUUCCUCACCAAAUUCAGAUACAUCCUUCCUAAGAUCAAGAUCCCAACAUUCUGCUUAUCUAGCUGCAAGCGGCUCGCAAAGCACUUUUAUGUACUCUCCAGAGCAUGGCGGUAUUGGAAAUUCAAGAUCGUGGUUCACUUAUGAAGAAUUAGCUGAGGCAACAAAUGGUUUUUCCUCUGAUAGUGUUUUGGGUGAAGGUGGGUUUGGAUGUGUUUACAAAGGUGUUCUUAGUGAUGGAAGGGAAGUCGCUGUCAAACAGCUGAAAAGUGGAAGUGGACAAGGGGAACGUGAGUUCAGA